ACCACCGGAUGUGACGGUGUUUUGUCAGCCUGAGGGAUGUCUAACACUAAGCACUCACGCAGGAUGCGGUCAGGGCCGUGAUCCCCAAUUUUUUGUUUUCAUGCUAACAGAAAAGGACUCUGCAAAAGUGCGAUAUGGUGUAUGCCUCAAUUUUUUUCAACGCUUAGAGAAGAGAUUAACUAACACAUGUCGAUCAAGUGGGACUACCGCGCUCUCCGAGAAAAUAAGAGAGCGUACUUCAUCGUUGACGAGCCUAUGCUUGAUCUCGCACCAUCCCUUUGUUUCGACCUUCCAUGACUUACUGGUUUUACUUAAGCAAAUCAUCGAUGGCUGCAAUUAUAGAGCGGCGCAAAGGAAUGCCAACAAGAAUCUUGUGUGGUCAGUACUAAGUGGUCGCUGGCAUAAUACAAUUCCUUCCGAAGCAAUGCAAGAGAUUAAGGAAAUCGAAACUUGGAUUCUUAUGCUUCUCAGUUCACCUGUGCCUGUGCCGGGCAAGACCAAAGUGGAGUUAGAAGUGAUGCCUCCAGAAGUGUCUCCUGUCUUCGAAUUCGCAUUACCCGAUCACACCCGAUUCUGUCUUGUGGAUUUUCCCCUUCACUUGCCUUUUGAGUUGCUCGGAGUCGAUACAGCAAUCCGUAUUUUGGCGGCCGUAAUGCUUGAAUUCAAGGUUGUCAUUCAAUCUCGAAACUACAAUGCUGUCAGUAUGUGUGUGCUCUCUUUGGUCCACCUCUUGUAUCCUCUCGAGUAUAUGUUCCCUGUCAUACCUUUAUUGCCUUCUUAUAUGCCAUCUGCGGAACAGCUAUUGCUUGCCCCAACACCAUUCCUUAUUGGAGUUCCAGCUUCCUUUUUUGCUCAUAAAAGGAUAAAGGAACUGCCAAGUGACGUUAUUCUGGUUGAUCUGGAUUCUACUCAUGUAAUAAUACCGGAGGACGUCUCCAUUCCCAACUUGCCCGAGCCUGAUGCUACGAUAUUGAAGAAUAAUCUGAACAUGGCAAUCAACAAAAUGGGCACCACUCCACUGGAGGAACACGUAGGCGGAUACUUUGACGUUGAUGCUGAUAUGGUGGACAUAUUGUGCCGAGUGGCAAUGAUAAAAUUCUUCAAUUCUCCCAAUGUAUUUGGUGACUUUUCGGAGCAUACUCGCACUUUACGACUAUAUCCUCGACCAGUUGUGACUUUACAGUCGGAUUCAUUCCUGAGAAGUCGUCCUCAUUGCACUCAAUUCAUCACUGAUCUAUGCAGAACCCAGGCUGUAGAAUACUUUGCCGAAUGUUGCCUCUGUCCCAAAAAUGAAGCAUAUGUUCGUGUUCAAGCGGGUAUUGAAAGUCCAACUCAAAUUGGUGACAAGGCUAAGUGGUACAAUGAAUCGCUCAUGCCUGUGCACUUUACUGUCUACCCAAGUGGUUCUUCGCUCUCUGAUGCUUAUUUGGUGCUCGUUCGUAACGAUGAGUCGAUUGGUUCUGACAGUGAUGAAAAUGAUACGAGAUCAGUUGACAGUUCUUCAAGCAUCGAUGACUUGCUGUUUGACGAUCCAGGAGAAGGUGCUGAGCAUGACGUCGUCAUAAAACCUCUAGCCCAGGUGAAUGAUGUGUACAAGGAACCGCUAACUUUGGAACUUCCGCCUAGCGAGAGCGUAACUUCUGUUGGGAGUUCCUUCAGCAGCGGCAGGUCAAGCCCAACAUCAUCAGUGUCAGCUUCUGCUGUUGACAGUGAGGCCGAUUUCGCGAAACUUGCGGAAAACCUUGCUUUCCAAUCGGAUUCCAAGGGCGAUUUUUCAUUUGUACACGGAGAACGGAAUGGUAAUGAGAAGUCCCCUGUGUUCCGGAAACAUUGGCAGGGUGCUUUUGACCUGAGCACUCCAACUUCCUACAAAACAGCUCCGCUCAAAGGAACGCGAGUUAAAGGUAUAUCUUCAACGAGCGACUCUGGUGAGAGGGCUCUUAGACCGGCAUUCAUGAAUACCAUAAACGGAUAUGCUGAAAGGAGUCAAGGAAUUUUCAGUCAAGUUUUCAGCAAGACGGCUCCAAAAGCACAUGCGUUGCGUGAACGAACCAUGAUACCUCUCGCUGCCCAAAGUCAACAUUUGGUAAAAAGCAAAACUGUAGGAAACCAGACCAGUACUCGGACUGCAUCUCAACAAAGCAAAAAUCAGCAGACCGUUCGCGACAUCUGUGACCAAGUUAUAUCUGGGCAGGGUGUUGGCGUGUUCACUUAUCCGAAGUUAAAACGGCUGAUGGAGGAUGAAAGCUUGCGCGAACUGGUAUGCUCGAAGCUCAAUUUAGGACUAGAACAACGCCUCACCGAUGGAGAUUAUGUAAAGGAAGUUGAGUUAACGAGAGCUCAGUACAAGGGUUAUGUGCGAGUUCUUCAGGCGUGCAUCGCAGGAAUUGAGGUAUCCUUCAAUUCGCCAGGAUGUUGCGGCUUAGCAAGUGUCUUCCAUGUGCUGGAAAUAGCUCACACGCAUUUCUGGUGUAAAGGGAAUGAUAUCUCAUCUCCUUCGAGUUCUACCCCUAGUGCGAGCGAAACUCCAUCCUGGCCAUCCGCAGACUCGAGGGAUUUGCUUGAGCGUUCUGGUGAAGCAAAGCGUAUAACAGCACCUGUUGAGAUUGUGGCGCACUCACAGAAGUCUGAACCAUCACGUGCCCUAUCAGCAGUGGCUUCUCUUACACCUCCGCCAAUACCCCCACGUCCACCGAAAUCUCCUCCACCAGGAAGAGUACCGCUACCAGUGCCUCCACCAGGAAGAGUACCGCCACCAGUGCCUCCACGGCCGAAUAUGCCUGGUGAUUCUCACCUCGAGGAAGGAUCUUCAGGCGAGCGAAGUGCUGCGCGCCAGGUGCCACCAAGUGCAUUGCCGGUAUGGAUGGGGGAGCCGCAGAAAGUCCUUGCUGCACCUUCAGAAUCAGCUCGACAUUUCAUCUAUCAGGAUUUAAUACUGCCCGUCCAGAAUCCUUUGUGGCAAAAUUUAAUGUUUUGGGAAAAUGCCUUCGUAGACGUGGUAGCCCAAGAGCGAGAUAUUGUGGGAAUGGAUCAAGAGCCAUCAGAAAUGAUAGAAAGAUAUGCUGCUCUUAGUGAUAUCGAAAAGAAGCGUUUGGAACUAGAAGAGGAUCGCUUGUUAUCCACGCUGUUGCACAAUAUGACUGCCUAUAUGAUUAUGUGCGGAACGGGUCAGAAGGCUAUACAACAGAAAAUCCGUCGCUUGCUGGGAAAAGCACACAUUGGAUUGGUUUGCUCCAUGGAGAUCAACAAACUUUUGGAUAAGCUGCCGCAAACGCAGGGCAAUUCCAUUCCUCUGAAGCCACUAGGGAGUCGCCUGGUUCAGAAGUAUUCCUUUGCUGUACAUGAUGGAUCAAUUCACGACUCUCAAUUUUUUUUGUCGAAUAACGUUUGA